GCUGAGGAGCCUGGAUGUUCCUUGUCUUUCUGCUUAAGAAACACAUUGACUAUUCUGAACUUGUUUUCUGCAACACACUUCCAGGACCCAGGAUUGCUGGCCGUGUGUGCCCCACCAUGCUCUGAGGGGACCACCUCUGCUUCACUGCUCAACUGGUGAAAUUGCAUAUCCUGCUGCUCAUGACAAGAUGACUUCACAGAGUUGCCAGAGGGGUCCAGAGAGUGCACACAUGCCCCACAAGGGGCCAUGCCAUACCAUUCUCUGCAGUCCUGGCUCUUCACUGUGUGGCAGCAGCCUAGGACCACCCAAGAAACCUGGAGGGCACAGCAAUCCAGUCAAGUCCAGCACUGUGGUCUCAUCAUGGGUUGCAGGGUGCCAGGCUGGCUUGCUGGGGUUGCUGUUGUUACUUCUGUGGUGAGUGUCCAUGGCAGGUGGGCUGGAAGUGAAGACCGCAGAGGAGACACAGAUAGUAUUCCUACAUGCCAAUGUCACUGUACCCUGUGAAAUCCCUGGUUCACCCCACCUGGACAUCAAGACUGUGGGAAUCAUCUGGUCUUUUAAGAAUGUGUGGAAUGAAUCCGAGGUCCCAAUAUAUGAGCUUUAUGGAAAUCACCUAAAGGUGUUACGACCUGGAGCCAAUGUGUCACUGUUGGGGCUAGAGCGUGGAGAUGCCUCGCUCCAUCUGCCUAGGAUCAAGCUCAGUGAGGCAGGAGAAUACCGAUGCAAGCUGGUGGUCACCCCAGAACAUGCAGAGGGGACGACCAGGAUAGACGUUGUGGCUGACCCGGCCAUAGAAUUUUUUGUGAUACCAGCUACAGAGAGAAUUGGUGAACGGCUCAUAUGCAAGCUAGAUGGAUUCUACCCAGAAGCCUUUGACAUAAAGUGGGAGAGACACAGCCUGAAGGACUCCCAUUUCCAAGUGAUUACUGAGGGUGUAAUCACUGGCCCCACUGUGAGGAAUGAUGAUGGCACCUUCAGUGUUACCAGCUCCUUGGCCCUGAAACCAGCUCCGGGAGACCAUGGGAUUAUCUACUACUGUGUGGUGUCACUCAGAUCCUUGCUUGUCCCCAAGAAGCUUAAUGUUAUACUGCCUAAGAAAGGAUCUGUGGAGAUAUAUGUUACCAUUGUUAGUCCCUGUGUUCUGCUGGUUUUAGUACUCAUUUUAGCAGCAGUUUAUUGCCUCUGGACAUGGUAAGAGCCUGCAAGACAAAGCACAGCUCUGAUCAAGGUGCUGCUUGUCAUCUUGCAGGAACCCCUAAGUGAAGAAAAGGCACAAAGCCUGAACCUUUGCAGCUAUCUCUUCUGUCUUUAUUUUGUCCUUCAAGUGGGCAGCUUCUUGACUUGGGGUCCAACCAUUUGGUGUUCUGUUUGCUAAGAAAGCCUAAGCUGCAAUUUUUAAAGAUCAAUUUUUAGGAUUAUUUUCUACAUGAGAUACUUAAUCAUGAAAACACAGUAUGCCAGAACUUCCAGUGAAAACAGUCUUCGGGGGACAUUUACAGCUCUAAGUGCCUAUUAAUAUAAACAAUUUAAUGAUACACCAUAGGGCCUUGGAAAAAUAAGCUCAAGCCAAACCCCAAAUCUAUUGUUGGAGUUAAGAUUAGGGCAGAGAUUAAUCAAAUGGAAACAAAAAAACAUGUUAAUGACUCCAAGGAACAAAGGGUUUGUCCUUUGUAAAUCUGAUCAACAAAUCCUUACCCAGGUUUAUGGAAGUGUUUGUGACACUGAUUGCUGUCUUUUAUUCUUUACUUUCUCUAGCUCUGAUCAAGGUGCUGCUUGUCAUCUUGGAGGAACCCUUUGGCUACCUGGCCGAAAGCAAAGCCGACCUUACUAAAGUCAGAGCCACUCAGAAGCUCAGGGAGCCACUAGGGCAUUCUUUAAAAACAGAUAUUCCACUAAAUUAGAAAAUUUUAAAGUAUUGGAUGAAUUACUCGGUGCAUAUGAUCUACCAGAAUUAAACCCAAAUGAGGUAAAUAAUUUAAACAAAUCUGUUAGGGCCAGGUGGUGGUGGUGCACACCUUUAAUCCCAGUACUCUGGAGGCAGAGACAGGCAGAUCUCUGUGAGUUUGAGGCCAACCUGGUCUACAGGUCUACACAGAGAAACCCUGUCUCGAAAAACAAAACAAAACAAAACAAAACAAAACAAAACAAAACGAACAAACAAAAAAACAGAAGCAAAAUCCCAGAUCUGUUAGGAGCAGUGAGAUUGAUGUGAUGAUGAUGAUGGUGGUGGUGGUGGUGGUGGUGGUGGUGAUGAUGACAAUACAACAAUGUCUCCAGACAAAGCAGUGUUGACGGGCCUUCAGUGAAGUGCUCACACCAGCUCUUCUGAAGACAGGAAAGGUCACCACCAAACUCUCUUACAAAGCCAGUAUCAGUGUCAUACCAAAACUAGAUGAAGACACAAGAAGAAAGGAAAUAUUUUUUAACAUUUAUUAUUUAUUGAUUUAUUGCAUGUGUGUGAGUUUAUCCGUGGAUGUGGAGGUCAGAGAAGAAAAUUGCUGUGUUUUCACUAAAGUCAGGCAGGAGACAAGGAUGUCUACUUUCUCUGCUCUUAUUCAAUAUACUUCUUGGAGUCUUAGCUAGGGCAGUAUGAUGAGAGAAGCAAAUAAUUCUUUAUACCUGUCUGUUUACCAAUCAUCUGUCUGUCUGUGUGUGUAUGUGUUGGUCUAUGUCUGUCUGUCUGUGUGUGUGUGUCUAUCUAUCUGUCUGUCUGUCUGUGAUCAAGGCAAAUAGAAGGAAUAUCAGGACCAAUAAGAUGGCUCAGCCUGGGCACUUGAGUUCCAUUCCCAGAAUACAAGUGAAGGUAGAAGGAGAGAGCCAACUUUGUAUAGUUGCCCUUUGACCUCCACACACUCCCCAAGGCAUGCCCUCCCAUCAUGCACAAACACAACAAAAUAAGGAGUGUGGAGUGUAGAUAGAUAGGAAGGACAUGCCAAGGUCUCCUUGUGCAAGUGAUACGAAUGAGAGACCUCAACAACUCCACCAGUAGACUGCUUAUGUUGAUGUUUUAAAUGACCUAUUUGGAAGCAAGUAUUUAAAAGUGAAUUUGUAAAGCUGAGUAUCUGAACUUGAUGUGUUAUUCAAAAGUUUACAAAGCCAAGUGGCCGGUGGUUGCUCUCUUUUAUAUGAAAUAUAUUGUGACCAAGGAAAGACUUGACAAGUACAGCCCUGCUAUUUGAAGCUCUUAUCUACCUCUGUUUGCCUUGAGAUAAGUGUUUUGUUAUAUGUAUGAGAUGCAUUUGCACUUCAGAGAAAGGGUCUGUUUGUGGACCUUACAGUUUUACUGGCCAAAGAGUCUUAAGUUAUUCUUCACUGAUAGAGAAGAGAUUUCUGUGCAAUGACCAUGAUUAGUUCUGGCUCCUUUAUGUGCUAAAGGUAUUUGUGUUCUGUUGUGUUACAUAAGCCUUCUAAGAUGCAAAGCUUGGGGGAACAGGAAUUUAUGUUCUCCAAACUAGAACUGAGGCAGGAUAGAAAAACGGGGGAGAAAAUGGAGAGAGGAUGGAACCCCUGCUCUGGAGUCUGGUUGGAGCCUCUCACCAGCUUAAAAGAAAGUUUUGGUGUAAUUCGUGUUUAUGAAUUGUGUGACAGUUGUUAUCAACAGGGACAUUUAUGUUAGGAGUGUUAAAAUAGCAAUACACCAGUCCUCCGUAUCCAGGGUCCCAGGCAAGGCCUCCCCCUCCCUGUGUUUUGUGAACCUCCCAAAUAAGAAUAGCUUUGUUUACAAUGGGAUGUCUAACUGCCUGUAUCUCUGCAACCUAGACUUGUUGCCCUGCCAGGUGCACCUCAGGGAUCACCCUUUGGAGACAGUGACUUCCAAAGCCACCAUAACUCUGUGUAUAAUUUAGACACAGCACUGCACACCUUUAACCUACCACUGGGAGGCAGAUCUCUGUGAAUUUGAGGCCAGCUUGAUCUACAUAGUGGGUUCCAGGCCAGCCAAGGCUGCACAAUGAGACAAUGCCUCAAAUAAGUAAGAUAAAUAGUAAAUUCUAUGUAAUAAUACUAUAAAGCCCAUGAAGGGAGGUUGUUCUCUGGGAAGCCCACAACCAUGGGCCUUGAUUUAUUUAUUUUUAUUUUUUACUUUCAAGUGCCUUAUUCUUGAUCCUUGUGUUAAAAUGUAUGGUAACAUCUCUUUGUAAUAAACUCCAAAUAUCCUUUAC